GGGUUGCCGUGCUAUAAAGCACGGUCCCUCCGUCGCUCUGCUGCUGGCUCCAAUCCGGUUGUAGCUCGACUGGCUUGGGUUUUGCAAGUUCCUGCUCUCCUCGCAUCGACAGAAAAGCACUCAGCUUCAGCAAGACACCAGCAAGACACCACCACCAUGGCCUCCACCACUGCUACCAGCACCAUCACUCGGGAAACCGCCCCAAUCUCCUUGAAGACGUUCAACGUGCCCAACACAGACUCCAAGGUCGCCAAGGCCACCGCAGCCGUCUACGACUGGGACACGUUCAAGUUCGAGCCCAUCAGAGAGUCCCAGGUCUCGCGGGCCAUGACCCGCAGAUACUUCAAGGACCUCGACACGUACGCCGAGUCCGACAUUGUCAUUGUGGGCGCCGGCUCGUCCGGCCUCACGGCAGCAUACAUCCUCGCCAGGGCCAGACCGGACCUCAAGAUCGCCAUCAUCGAGGCCAACGUGGCCGUCGGCGGUGGCUGCUUCCUUGGCGGCCAGUUGUUCUCGUCCAUGGUGUUGAGAAAGCCGGCCGACCAGUUCAUCCGGGAGCUCGGCAUCGAGUACGAGGAGGAAGACAACUUCAUUGUCGUCAAGCACGCAGCGCUCUUCAUCACCAAGCUGUGCUCCAAGGUGCUCGAGCUCCCCAACGUCAAGCUCUUCAACGCCACCUGUGUGGAGGACCUGAUCACCCGCCCAACGGACGACGGCAAGGUCAGAGUGGCCGGGGUCGUGACCAACUGGACCUUGGUGUCCAUGCACCACGACGACCAGUCGUGCAUGGACCCCAACACCAUCAACGCCAAGAUCAUCAUCUCCUGCACGGGCCACGACGGCCCAAUGGGCGCUUUCUGCGUCAAGAGACUUGUCAGCCAGGGCUACAUCCAGAGAAACCAGAUGGGCUGCUUGGACAUGAACCGGGCCGAGGACGCCAUCGUCAAGGGCACCCGGGAGGUCUUCCCCGGCUUGAUUGUUGCCGGCAUGGAGCUCAGCGAGUGCGACUCGUCCAACAGAAUGGGUCCUACCUUCGGCGCUAUGGUCCUCUCCGGCGUCAAGGCUGCCGAGGAAGCUUUGAACAUCUACGAGACCAGAGCAAAGCAGGACGCCGACAGCUACUAGCCGGCCUCUGCCCCCUCUUCCUCUAUUUACUUAUCUAACAAGAACUGUUUAUUUUGAAAUACUCUUUGAAACCGCCUCCGAGACUCCGUGUCUCCAUCUAGUCUCUCCAGC